CACGCCGGCUCCCUUCCUGAACUCUUUCUCGUAGCUUUUCGCGGCGGUCUGUAUAGCGGUGCUGUGUGCAGCUUACCGGGACUGACUGCUUUACGGUGCUGCUGCUUUUUUUGUUUUGAUGGCGGGUAACUUCUGGCAAAGCUCUCAUUAUUUACAAUGGAUUUUGGAUAAACAAGAUCUACUAAAAGAACGUCAAAAGGACUUGAAAUUCCUAACCGAAGAAGAAUAUUGGAAAUUGCAGAUUUUUUUUACAAAUGUCAUUCAAGCUUUAGGAGAACACCUUAAAUUAAGACAACAAGUCAUUGCCACUGCCACAGUUUACUUUAAACGAUUUUAUGCCAGGUAUUCAUUAAAAAGUAUAGAUCCUGUUUUAAUGGCACCAACCUGCGUGUUUUUGGCAUCCAAAGUAGAGGAAUUUGGUGUUGUUUCAAACACAAGAUUAAUUUCUGCUGCUACAUCUGUAUUAAAAACUAGGUUUUCUUAUGCAUUCCCAAAAGAGUUUCCUUAUAGGAUGAAUCAUAUAUUGGAAUGUGAGUUUUAUCUACUAGAAUUAAUGGAUUGUUGUUUAAUAGUGUAUCACCCAUACAGACCCCUGCUCCAGUAUGUACAAGACAUGGGACAGGAGGACAUGCUUCUUCCACUAGCAUGGAGAAUAGUAAAUGACACAUACAGAACAGAUCUUUCUCUGCUCUACCCUCCUUUUAUGAUUGCUCUAGCUUGUCUACAUGUAGCAUGUGUUGUUCAGCAGAAGGAUGCUCGACAGUGGUUUGCUGAAUUGUCAGUAGAUAUGGAAAAGAUCUUAGAAAUCAUAAGAGUCAUCUUGAAGCUUUAUGAACAGUGGAAGAACUUUGAUGAGAGGAAGGAAAUGGCAGCUAUCCUUAGUAAAAUGCCAAAACCCAAGCCUCCACCUAACAGUGAAGGAGACCAGGGACCAAAUGGAAACCAAAGCUCUGGUUACAGCCAAUCUUGAUAUAAUCCAAAAAUUCAAUACUGGACCAAAGGAAUCUGGAAAUAGCCACAUAACAUGCUGGAGCUGUAUCUAUGACGUGGGAUUCAGAAAACAAGAUACGGAUUUUCAUCUCCAGAAUUUAGAGUAAAACUUCACAGCGGCCUAUUCGAAUGUCAGUAGAGUGAUUUUGAUGAACUUUGAUUUUAAAUGCAUAAGUCAUAAUUAAACAAUAUCGUACGCUUACUUGUAUGGGUUUUGUGAAAAUUUUGUUUUCGUGCAAAGCUUCUGGUUAUGAUUCUGGAAUUAGGUGAAACCUCAUUGCCAAUUGUUUCACGAAUUGUGUCUGUUCAAUGUGUUCUGUCAACACUAUGGAAAAAUUAUCAAAUUUUCAAUGCAUGUUUUUUUUGCUUCUUCAGUCCUAUAAAUAUUCCUAACUCCUAGAAUUUUACCUUUUUGAAGCAUCUAAAUUACUUACACUCCUCCUAGCGGUAAUAGCACUUUUCAUAAUGAUAGUGCUUAUUUUUCCAAAAUCGUUCUAGUGCUCUAGAUUUGAUUAUUCUGCUUGAGAAAUAAUAAAACCAUUACUUAGAGGAAUUUUAUUUUGGAUUGGGGAGAUGGUUGCUAAAUAUAGUCUACAGAAAAUACAACAAGUUAUGUUACGGAUUACCGUAUAACUAUUCUCAAUGGCCACUACAUAUGAACGUUUUCAGUUUCAAUUUAUAAAUCCCUUGCACCUUUGGUUCAAGGACGUUCUAUCCUUUGACUUUAUACUGCAUGAUACAAAGUUGAAAAGCUACUAGAAAAUUCCAGAUAGUAAACAGCAUUGCAAGUGCUAUGUAUGUAAAGUGUAAAUAUCUGAAUUACAAUUUCCAGAUGGUUUUGCACGAGAUUCCAGCCAUUAUGUGCACGCACGUAAAUUGUUUGUAGGAAUACAUAAGUGUUAUUUAUGUUGUAGAAGUCUUCAGUUCACCCAUUUGGAGCAUCCCACUGCUUUUGUGUUCUUUAGAAAAUGUAAAUCUGUUAGAAAGUAAAGGUGUGACAGUUGGCCCUGUGGAAGCUGGAUUAUAAAGGUCACAAUGGUGCUCUUGACUUUACCACAAUUUAGCAUUAACACUGUACUUAAAUGGUUUUAUAUUAAAAUAAAGCAUUGCAUAAAA